AUCUCCUGACUUCCGAUUCCCUAGUAGCCUUAGACUCUUAGCUUGCGUAAGCUCUGGACCGUUGCGGCUGUGGAAAAAUAGUAGUGUUGGAGAGUGACGAAGAACUACGAAGGCGUGAAUAAAUGCAGGGUUUCUAUACUAGGAACCAAUGUUUCUUCCUUGUUUAAGGGUUUCGAUUCCUCUCCACAUUACCCUUACGAUCUUGCCUUGAGUCCCAAAGGGGUUGAAUACUUGAACACCUAAACCUGCAUGUGAAGCGUUGGAGUAGGAGGAGGGAGGAGGGAGGAGGAAGGAGGAAGGAGGAAGGAGGAAGGAGGAAGGUGGAAGGUGAUUUUGAACCUGCAAUCCUGGUUUUGGAGGGGAAGUAGUUUUAUCCUUCAGCUUUCUGUGUAAACUUCAUUAUCUUUGAUCAGAAAAUGCUUCCCUUCUCGUUUCAUCGUCCACCCAACCCAACUCAGACUGAAGGAAGCAACAAUUCAGCUCCCCCACAGGUCGUAUCGUCAGCUUCUUGCCGUGCAGAUUCAGGGAUUUUAUCAGUUGGUAGCAAUCCCAUGCACCAACUUCCAUGUUCCUCUUGUGUCUAUCACAAUCCUUUAGUUCCUGUAAAUUCCUUACAAAUUCAUUCUCAAGUUAAUGUAUUUAAUCCCCACCUUCAAAGACCAUUUGGGAAUUCAAAUAUCAAUUUGAGUGCCUUAAAUGGAAAUUAUAUGGCUAUGCCUGCUGGACCAUCUAUGGUGCCUUCACCUAGCUUCCCAAAUGUUGGUAACCAUUAUACCCCACAAAAUAUUCAUGUGGGUAUGCCAAUUUUGGGUCCUUCAGGUCCUCAUCAUUUAAUGCAAACUCAUGGACAGUUUUUUCCUAACACCACCCCACAGAAUUUUAAUCCAAUCUUGACGCCUUCCGGACAUGGGCAAUUAUUCCUUAAUUUGCCACAGAAUUCAAAUCAACUUGUGCCAUCUCUAGCCCAUGCACAGUUGUUUAUGCAUAACUAUCCACAAGUUUCAAGUCAGAUUGGACCCUUGCAACCAGGUGCAUCCAUGAAUGUGCAAGGUGGGAACACCUAUUUUCACAAUCAUGCGAACCCAAGUACUGGCAUGCCAGAUGGACAGUCAUGUUCGCAGAAUCAAAUGUGUAGUGCAAGUCAACAUGUAGCAUUUGUUAACUCAAAUGAAGCUGCAGAGCACAAUAAACAAGAUCCUCGUACUUUUAUCCCAUCUAAUAUGGGUCAGAAUGCUUUUCAAGAGUCACCAAUUUUAUCUGAGAAACUACAAGAAAAUUUUAUUCCAUCGCUUACAUGUCCGGUUCAAAUGCAACAAACUCAGAAGAACUUGCAGCAAGCCAGUUUCCCGCAGUCACAGGGGAAUUGUUUAAAUAAUGGUGGAAAUAAUAUCUCAUACAGAAACCCAAGGAAUCCUGGAGUCCAGAAGUUUGCAAGAAAUUUUCAGAAAUUUGGAAGACGAGAAUCAGCAAAUCCAAGGUUUCAGAAACCUCAGCUUCAUUCCACGGCAAGUGCAGAGGGAAACUUCAGGAACUUCAACAGAAAUGGUGGAAAAGGGAACAAGAAUGACAGAGCAAGAAAAUCUCAUCUUCCUUAUUCUCCCAAACUAGCUGAGAUGGAAGGUCGAAGGUCUCUGCCCUUGAGCUACACUGAACAAGAAGUCCUACAAUGGCGUGAAGAGAGGAGGAAGAACUACCCAUCUAAAGUCAAUAUAGAGAAGAAGUUUACUGAAAAAAGGAGAAACCCUGAACUUAUCGCUAAUGAUGCCAAAAGACGCUGUCAGCAACUUAAGGAGAUUCUGGAAAAACAGGCCGAGUUGGGUGUUGAAGUUGCAGAAAUUCCUCCAAACUAUCUAUCUGAGUUUGAUACACAAGUUUGUGGAAGGGAGGAUGAGAAAAAGGUCUAUAUUAAGAAUCGGAGAUCCCGGAACAAGUAUGGUAAAAGAGGAAAAUGUGGUAAAGACAGUUCUUCUACCAUGCCUGCUCCAAUGAUGAGACAGCCAACCCUUUUGCAGAAGCUUCUAAGUGCAGAGAUAAAGAGAGAUAAGAGUCAUCUGCUGCAAGCGUUCAGGUUCAUGUUGAUGAAUUCUUUCUUUAAAGAUUGGCCUGAGAAGCCUUUGAUAUUUCCCUCUGUUACAGUUAGAGACAUGGGGUGUGAGGGUCGGGCUUUUGAGGAAUCUUCAGAGCAGGGAAAUAAUGGUGUUUGUAAGGUUCUUGAGAAUGCUAAUGUUGAGGAAUUUGAGGGUCCAAAACAUCAUAAUGCAGCAUAUGACAAUGGUGGUAAAAAUGAUUCUGAAAACAGUGCUGCUGAGGAGGAAAUGCUUCAUGAGUAUGCCGGGGAGGCUAAUCAUGCUAUGAUGGAGGAUGUUAAGUCUGAGCCAGAAGAAGGAGAGAUUAUAGACUAGUAUGGAGUUUUCAUUGUACAUAUAAUUUUUCAUUUAGAUGAGGCAAAAAAAAUGACAAAUUGACAUUGUAGAUAUUAGGGGCUCAAAUUGUUAUAGCCAAAUGGUUAUAGAUGUUGGUAGCAGCUGUUUGGGAAAUGUUGUUCCCUUCUAAGAGAUCUUGGAUUGCUAAAUUGCCUUGUGUUUGGUUCUUUUGUCAA